UCGGUCACAUUGUAUGGCUUGUUUACAUUUAUUACAUUUUUCUGAAAAACGCUUAGUUGAUAAAUACUGCAUUUAAAAAGGUUUCCGAUUAAAAUUAAGAAAUAAUGGCUGCCUCACGCUCCCGGCGUAACAAUGCCGGUAACAAAAUAGCCCAUUUACUGAAUGAAGAGGAAGAAGACGACUUUUACAAAACGUCCUAUGGCGGAUUUCAGGACGAAGAAGAGGACCACGAAUAUGAACAAAAGGACGAAGAGGAGGAUGUUGUGGACUCGGACUUCAGUAUCGACGAGCAGGAUGAACUGGUUUCGGAUCAGGAAGACGCGCCCGACAAGAAGCGAAAACGCGGAGGCGUCAACACAAAGGCUUACAAGGAAACUAAGCCGGCCGCCAAGAAGGAAACAAAGGCCGUACCCGCCUUGCACAAAAAACGAGCUGGAGGUGGAGUGGUCAAGCGGCGUGUACGACCCCGAUUCACGGUCCUUGACUCUGGACGCAAAUCCAUACGUACUUCCACGGCAAUCAAGACACAGGCUACAAAAAUUCGACUAAAGGAGUUGGACGAUGCCCGCAAGCGCAAGAAGAAGAAGGUUCGUGUGGAGGACUAUAUGCCCACACAGGAGGAGCUGCUGGAGGAGGCCAAAAUAACCGAAGAGGAGAACAUUAAAUCUCUAGAAAAGUUUCAGAAAAUGGAGCUGGAGAAGAAGAAAUCGCGUCCCACCAAGCGCACGUUUACCGGUCCCACGAUUCGAUACCAUUCAUUGACGAUGCCCGCCAUGCGAAAGCCCACUCGCGGAUCCAAUCAUCCCGUCGAUUCAAAAGAUUCCGCCGGAAAGUGUGAGCGUACAUUCGUCACCGUCGAGAACGACUUCAACGACAAGGUGUUCCAGAACAUCUUCCGUCACAAGCCGGCGCCUAAAGUCAGUAAUGGCAUCUGUCCGAUCACCAGACUGCCAGCCCGCUACUUCGACCCGGUCACCCAGCAGCCGUACUACAGCAUCCAGGCCUUCAAAAUUCUGCGCGAGGCCUACUACAUGCAGCUGGAGCAGCAGGGUGGCAGCAGUGAGCAGCCCGAGCUGGCCAAGUGGCUGGAAUGGCGCAAGCUGGUCAAGGAGAAUCGCAUCAAGGCUUCAGCAGCUGUCAGCAAAAACGGGGAAAACUAAAACGGAUAGCUAUUCAAUAGUUUGUUAAGUAUAUAUAUAUAUAUCGAAUAAAAAAUAGGCACACAAAAAAAAACAGA